AAACGAGGAGAGCCUUUAAAAGACCUGAGGACAUGAUAUUGCUCGACAGUCGUUGAUCGUUGAUCGUUCAGUCACAUUGCCGUCGACCGGUCCAUGUCCAUGUCCAUGUCCAUGGAGCUUUCUUAAUAUUAAUAUACUAUUACUGUGCUGUGUAGUUAAUAUAUAAGUACUUAUCUAUCUACAGUUUAAAAUUAUAUCUGAUAUCAUGAGGAUUCUAUGUCUGAUAACGGUGAGUGGAUAUCGCUUCACUGAUCAGACUAUAUUAUUAUUAUUAUUAUUAUUAUAAUUAUUUAUUCAAAAUUAAAACGUGCUCAUCUGUCAAGUGAAACAUAUUAAUAAAUUUAUAUUUUUGGAUUAUUGUGAAUAAUCAAAUUUUUAAAAUUGUAAAUAAAAAAGUGACUGCAAGUGAUAUUUUCAUCGAUAAAAAUGAAGCUUAUAUAUUAUUUAAGUGUCGGUUCAUUUUUGAUAUCUGUAACAGCAGCUGAGAGUGAUAUAUCUAUUGGGGAUAAUAUUAAGCGAACUCCUCGUGCCUUGGUUUUAAAACCAGUUAUUAAAGAAGACGAUGAAGGACCAUUUGAUUUUCUAGCAAAGUGGAUAUCUCGGAUGAUAAAUCCAUCACCGAAAAAACCACCAUCAUCGCAUCUAUCAAUGUUGGGAUCCCUUCGAGUUCCUGGUAUAAAUGAUCCAGUCUUUUUAGAGAAUCUCAGCAUUCCAUCACGUUCUCCGAACCGCUUUGUUUUUCGCGUAAUGCCCGAGACCCUUAAAACACCAUCAUUUUCUGGGAUGUCAUUUACAGACCAAUCAAAUUCAUUUUCACCAUUUUUUCCAAUUACAUCCACUCGUCUUCCAAUUACAACAAAUAAUUUUAAUAAAAUUUUAUCAACAGCUUCAACAUGGCCACGUUAUCCUCCUCCAUAUUUUAAUUCUCAACACAACAACAGACCAAAUGAUUAUUUUAAUAACAAUUACAACAAUCAACCGGUUAAUUUUUACAAAGAAUUUUUACCUCACCAGCCGUAUAAAAAACCAUUAACUCAAUAUCCUUUAAAUCCAACAUCAUCACCAAGUGAACCAUUUCGUCCAUAUGUACCUCAAACAUCUUAUGGUAAUUAUGACAAUCAUAAUUUAAUUUCCGGUGGUAAUAAUAAUUUUAAUUACGGAUCAAAUUAUCGUCCUUCUUUAUAUCCAUCUCCAUCUUAUAAUCCCCAUGACCUUCAUAACUACAAUCAUCAUUUCGCUAUUUCUAAUCAUUCAAAAAUUAAUAAUUUUAUAUCUGAUGCUAAUAUGCAUAAACCAAUUAUUAAUAAUAAUGAUAAUAAUAAUAAUAAUGAAGAAUUAACUGAUGAAAUGAAAGAAACUCUUGAAACAGUUGAUCUAAAUAAAGUGACCCCAAUAACAACACAUACUUCAGUAUUUUUAAAUAAUAAUAAUAAUAUAACUCCAACAAUAAAUCCAUCAACAAAAACAAAAAUAACAUCUUCACCAGCAUCGAUAAAUGACAAUGAAAUUUAUCGUUCUGAUCGUAUGAUACCAACUAUAAAUCCAAACUAUAAAGACACUCGUUAUUGGAGACCCUUGAAAACUACAUCAAUUAUAAGUUCAUCAUCAACUUUACGUCCAACUUCAUUGUCAUCAAUAACCACAUCCAGCAGUACAAAUAGAUACAGUGCACGUGAUAUACAAGAAAUACCACCGCCAAAUUUAAAAAAUUGGAAACAAGAUAUUUAUCGAGAAAAUUCAACCGAAAUUAUUAAUAUAAAUGAUAGUAAUAAUAAUAAUAAAGAAUGGAUUAUAGCUGACAAGAGUUCAGAUUCAAGAAUGGAUGAAAAAAAUCAAGAUGAUAUAACUUUGGGACAAAAUGAUUCUCAAGAACAUAAUGGUAAUAAAAAUAAAGAUCAUGAUCCUAAAUUAAAUGUUAUUAGAACUUUUAAAAAAAAUAUAAACAAUUCACGUGGUAAUAGUAGAGAAUGGAAACCACCGACGACAAUGAAAACUACAACCACAACGAUAAAUAAUCGCCGGUUUAUUAGUAAUAAUAAUAAUAAUAAUAAUAAUAAUAAUAAUAAUAAUAAUAAUAAUAACUAUACUGUAAGUACAAUUGAUAAUGUUAUGGAUUUAACGGCCAAUAAUGAUUGGAGGGAUGAUAUUAAAAAAAAUAAAAGAAAGAUAGAUAGAUUAAAAAAUAGUAAUAAUAGAAGAGUUAGAAUUGUUGAAAGCGUUCAGAGUUCCGUCUCAAUGAUUUCUUCAAAAAAUGAUAAUAAAAAAACAAUAUUAACUCAUUGAAAAACCUCUAAUUUUAUUUUUUCAUUUUACUUUAAAUUAUUAUUUAAAUAAGUAUUAUAUUAAUAUAAAUGAUUUAUUAUUUAAUAGCAAAUACUCGAAAGCUUUAAUAAAUGUUAAAACAAUAAUUGUAUAUGUAUUUUUUUUGUUAUAAUUUUUAUGUUGAUUGUUAUUAUUUCUUUAAAUGAUUCUUUAUAGUAAAUUAUAUAAAAUAAACAUGUUUUUUUUUUCUUUUUGCAAAUUUUUAGUUUAAAUUGAUAUAAAACAAAUUAAUUAAAUUCUUUCUGAGACAUUAAGAUUUUUAAUCUGUAAGCAAAAGUCUUACAUGAUAUUGAUUGACAAGAAAGUUUUUCUAGAUAUAAAAUAAUAAAAAUAUAACUAAAUGAAACUUUGAUAAAUCAAUAAAAGAGAAAAUUAAUAUCAUCUGUGACAAACUUUCACAUUAACUGGCAAAUUAUAAAAAAAAAUUGAUAUAAUAUAAUUUAAUAAAAUGUAUUUGUAAUUAAUUAAAUAAGUAUUAUAAUUUUUAAAAAACAUACCUAUCUUCAGCACCAUAAAUGGAUGCUUUAAAUAUUUUAGUCAAAAAAUAAUUAAAAGCUUAAAAAAAAAAUUUUGAUUCACAGGAAUCCCAAUCCCAAGUAAGAUGAAAAAUAAAUGACAUUUCUAGCAUCCUUAUGUUAAUGUUAAAGUUAAUGUACAUAACAACAGUAUAUUAUAUAUACAUGGAUAUCUCAAUACAAAAUAGUAGUGUCCUAACUAAUAAAUAAUUAUUUUACUCAUGCAUUUACAUCAAUUGUUACGCAUCAGUCAAACACGCGAUCUCAAUAAAGAUUUCAUAAAAUUCAUAUUUGCUCUCUAUUUCACUCAAAGAUUUCACUUUUAAAUUCUAGCAAUUAUUAUAAAUACAUGUAUAUUAUUAAUUACCAUUGUGUAAUGUCGCUAUUAUAAUUUGUCUAUUUGACAAAU